AUGAAUUCCAUCAUCUUGCAUAGAGUUGAAUUUAAAGUCAUGGAGAUUGAAUUUGUUAAUUUUGUAGGAUUGCUGAGGUGUGGAAAGAGCUGCAGGUUGAGAUGGAUUAAUUACCUGAGGCCUGAUUUGAAAAGGGGGAAUUUCAGUGAAGAAGAAGAUGAGAUCAUUAUCAAACUCCAUAGUUUGUUGGGAAAUAGAUGGUCUCUUAUAGCAGGGAGAUUGCCGGGAAGAACAGAUAAUGAGAUAAAAAAUUAUUGGAACACCCACAUCAAACGCAAGCUUAUUAGCAGCGGCGUCGAUCCGCAAACGCACCGCCCUCUCUCGAUAACUGAAUUGGAUUUCAGAAAUUCAGCUCCUCCUCCGCCGUCGUCCAAGGACAACUUGUCGUCGGCGCACGACAGUACCACGACGGAGGAGUCUCAACCGCUGCGGGAGGAGGAGGACAGCUGCGCCGUAGCUGUGGAUUUGGAGCUGACGAUUGGGCUGCCUUCGCAGUCUAAGUAUAUGAAGAGUGCUUCUUCCUCCGCUGAGUCUAAGUCGAUCCACGACUUCUUGUGGCCGCCCUCCAUGUGGCCUUUGGGAUUUUAGAAGGGGCAGAUUGGUAAUUGCCAAUCUUGUAAUGGAUUAUAUUUAAGCUGCUGAUUUAUGAUUGUUUAUUGUAGAGUUUUUUUUUAUGUAAUUUAGAUAUUAAUUAAGGUUUUAUUAUAAGUUUUGAAUACAAUUCAAGUUAAGCAUUA